AUGCUGUCAUCCGGAAUAGAGACUCAGCCAGUGCCACUUGAUUCCUCCAUGUCUGCCGUGGUACAGGAAUUAUACUCUGAACUCCCAGUAAGCGUCUCCAGAGAGCUUCAUGCUGUCCCUGAGCCACGUGUGAUUCCAGAUGUAAAACCUGGAGCCUCAAGCUCUCUUGUAAGUCAGAGUAGGGCAGUGCCCUCGGAGCCGCAGAGGACUCAUGCGGAGAGUCGUGAAGAAACCUCCGAGACCUCGGAUCGAGGGGGAGAGCCUGGGCGGUGUGGGCUGGUGGACUCCACGGCAGGAGGUCCUGUGGCUUCUGGAACCUUGGAUAGGGAAGAGAAAACCAAGAGCAUGGAGCUCACGGUCUUCAGAGACCGAGGGGACCGGGUGAAAAUCACAAAAGACCCCCGUAAGGGAGCAAAGGAAGACCCGUGUCAACAUUCCACAGCCUCUGAAGGAAAGAUCAGCCCAAGUCAGGACGACCCCCCGAUGCCGUCGCGUGAAGAGCUGUUAUGCAUGGACCUCCCUGAGGAUUGUCUGAGGAUCAGAGAAGGAAAUGAACAAAUUACAACUGAAAUUCUGUCAAAAUCUGCUGAACAAGUCCAAGGUAUGAAGGUCAGUGGGACUGAGGCAGAUACUAAUGAAGGACACAAGAAUGGCAGCGUGAGUAAAGAUCUCCCGGCUGAGUGCAGUGAUGGCCCGGGAGUAGACAGAAUCAUGACCAGUGGUGAGGUUUCAGAAACCGGCACGUUAACUUCCCUACAGCCUUUGAACUUUGCGAAGCCUGGGUUAACAGAAGCAACUCCUAAAGAAAAAGCACGUGAAGAAUUAAAAACUUGUUCUUCUCCAUUGUCGUUAUUACCAGGGAACAGUGCCAUUUGCAAAGUGGACGAUGGGAAGGAAGAGUUGUGUAAGCUGAGCCUCGUCUGUGAAGCAGAAGACAAUCACCACCAGAUUGCUGGCCACCAUGAUGAAAAGCACAGCUCUGCACACAGCAGUCCCAGCCCCGUGAGAAAUGUAGCUGUAGUUUCAUGUUUCCAAUCAAGUUUAUCUGAUCCAGAAUCCAGAACAGCAGCCUUAGAAAAAUGCAGUCUUGCAGAUGAUGGCUUGCUAAAGAGAUCUGCUGAAAAGACGGAGAACUCCUGUUCUGGUGGUGACGCUCAAAGCAAGAACUUGGCUUUUAGAGAAGAAAAUGAAGAACAGUGUUUGAACUGCAGGUCUGACGGGGGGGAAUUCUUUCUUGUGAAUGCCAAGCAACCGGAAGAGGAUGCGAGUGGUCACUGUUCUGGAGAAAAAAAGACUGCUGCCUCCCCAAAAGAAAAUACCCACGAUGACCAUUGCCUUCAAGGCAGUGUCCACACAGACGGCUCCAGUUGUCUAAGGCCCACGUCUUUUCCCGAAGCCACGGAAGUCCUGUUUAAAAAAAAAGACUUGAAGAUCACUUCAGACAUGCAAGGUAGCUUAACAGACCCUGAGGACCAUAGCGAAACUUCUACUAAUAUAAGCCAUCCAGGCAGACACUCUGAAGAAAGCAGUUCUUCCUCUUCGAUGCAGAUCGAAGAGCCAGAACAGACAACCACUAUCGAGCCUGGUAUGUUAAGUGAAAAGAUGUACAGUAAACACCCUAACUCCUCAGUCAGCACUCAGAGAAAUCUGGAAGGUGAUACCCAGUUAAAUGAAGCAUUACAUAGUGACUUUAUGAUUGAAAAAAAUGCCCUUGUGAGUUUAACGCCAGAGAACCAGAUAAGUCUUGUAAAUGAGGAAUCAAAACCCAAGAAAGAUGCUGCUCGGCUAUUACUAUCUCCAGAGUUUGGUUGCAGACGUGAGUCAGAAAAAUGUGUACAGACCUCACAGGACAGUGUUACACAUUUAGGUGAACAGAGCAUUGCCUGGGAGAUGAAUGAACUUCCCUCUACUGAUGAACUGGUUUUAGACAAAACAGAAAGUGAAUGUGUUUUAAAUCAAGUGUCCCUUAAUUCUCAAGAUCAUGCGACAUCGUCAACUGACAAAGAGUUGCCUUUAGCACUAAGCGAGGAUUCCCAACAGAGCCAUCACCCUCCAUUAGAGGAUGGAGCCAGCGUCCUUACUGAUACCCAAACCGUCCCCAUGAAGACAGAAAUGAAAGACAUCUCUCCACCAGAUGACAAAACCUGUGGUGCCUCGUCAAACAAUUGCACCUUAAAUAUCAAACCUGGAAGUCCUCAAAGAAAAGACGAAAUGGCUGAUUCAGGGACAGAAGAUACACAGUCCAGACUUCUGACAUGUAAGAAAGAAGUCUCUAUCGUGGAUUGUCAGAGUGUUCAACCUCAGCAUCUCUCUAGCUGCCAUUGUGUAGAGGGAAAUGCACCAGGAGAGAGCACUGCAUGUGCUGCUGAUGAGUCUAGAAGAAUCAUCCUGGAAAGUGAAAACUCUUCGAAAAUCAACUCUGAAAAUGCAUUUCAGCACAGCGGUCACUACUCCCCAGGAAGAGAAGACUCCAUGGAAAGAAGCAUCCAUAAAGUGAGUUGUACAUCAGAGGGAAGUGAAUUUAACGGAAGAGAAACUAAGGACAGCCUUCCAGGAGCUAAGAUCAGAAACAAAAGGACAGUAGAUAUGUUAAAUAGUGAAGCUUCCAACAAAACCAUUCACGGCACCAAUCACAUCCAAUCCAGGGAGGAAGGGCUAGAAUUAAAGGAACAGUAUAUACCCAAAGAGACUGUGUCUUAUAACAACUCUGGUUGUGCCACACAAGAACUAAACCAAUCUGUAAACAUUCCAAAACCUGAAAAACGAUUGGAGCUGUCUUCUGCUAAGUGUUCCGGUUUUAAAAACGUGAAUCAAGCAGUUAAAACGCUUGAUCAGAAGACAAAUGAAGUCCUUGACCACCGGAGUAACCCAGACAGACCAGAUGCAUGUAGAAGUGAAGAUAAACCAGCUAAAGGGACACUAGGUAGUGACCAGAGACAGACCAUCACAGAGCCUAACACAGGGGAAAGCUGUCACCAAAAGAACCUGCCAUUCAGUUCAGGCAAUAACAGCUCACUAUCUGGGGGUAGUCGGAAGAAAGGCUAUUUGAAAGGAGGCUUUGAAAGGAUUUCUAGUUGUGAUAAGCCCACAGGUGGUAGGGUAGGCAUUGCCUACACAAACUGUAACAAUAAACCUACACAAGGCAUGCUGGACGCGCUUGGUGGUGUACGGCAAGGUGGACUGGCAUUGAUUGAAACCUCAAGGAGUACCCAUUCUCAGAGAGGAGACUUGAAUGCUGCAGUGAUAGGACAGAUUGACCAGGAUUCAGAAUUCCCAGAUGCCACUUCCUCUGCAGUAGAAUCUCUUGAAAUAAAAAAAUCAUGUGAAGAGAAAGUUUGUAGGUUGUUAAACGAUUGUGAAAUGGAAGUGCAUCCAGACCCUUGUGCAAGUGAGAUAGAGUCUAUUGCGGAUCAUGAGCCAAAUACAAGAAUAUUGGAGAGAGGAAAUGUGUCUUUAAAUCAUAUUCAUCAUGAACAGCAAGUUAAAGAAGCAUCUCUGAAAGAAACUCAAGGGAUGAUUGAAAAAUCAAGACAAGAAAUACAUUCUGAGUUUGACAAGGAAAAUGCUUUUGGAAUUUCCUCGGAAGGGUUGGUGUCUUCUGGACACCAAGAUGAGAACUCUGUACCCCCAGAGAGCCUGAAAUCCAUUGAGAUAACGCCGUUGUGUCUGUCUGCUCAAGAAACAUCAGAAGCUAAUAUUAAAAGUGAAGACACUGACCUAAAAAAUAUUUCUAAACCAAGAGAGGGCGGAAUGCUUUGUGAAAAGAUUGAGGAGUGCACAGUCCUGCCUGAGAUGAAGGAAGGAGAACCAAGGAUUACUGGGAAUCCCGGCGAAGGAGACAGCAUUGACAUCAGUAUGAAGAAUUUGCCUUUGAUGACGGAAACAGAAAGUAAAGUGAAAGGGGAAGAAGCCAAAGAACAUCAGAGGGGACCGCCAGAUCCCUUAGCUACUGAGGAGGAAUCUGACGAGAGGAUCGCCAGGGAAGAUGGUCACAGUGAUGGCAGGAGUGAGAUUCCUCAGACACAUGGUACCUCCCGGAGGAUGCGUGGUGAUGCUGAAGAGCAGCAGAGCCAGAGGGAUCUAGACUCCGUGUUGCAGAAGGCCGAGCGGUGUGACCAUCAAAAGGAAGCACAUACGAUAUUGGAACAAUGCGACACGUUGUCAGACGAAGUGCAAGAUAAGAACCAGCCUAAGGAUUACAAAUGUGAGUACACCAGGAUGAGAGAAGUGCCCCCAGCACAGCUGGCCCAGGCCAACACGAGUGCACAGCCUCAGCAGUUGAAGGACCCGCAGGAGGAGAAAUUACGUCAUCCGUUAAAAAAGGACAUGGCGCUGUGCACGGGUCCUCGCCUUCCUAGGGCCCCCCAGAAGUCACAAGACGCCAGCUCCGCGAGGUGUUACGAGAUACACGGUGCCUUUGGGAACGCUUCCCAUCAGAAAGGAGCUCUUCCCUUAAAGAAGCAGCCGCAUCGGGCGUGUAAGAAAGUUUCCUGCCAGGAGCAAGUCCACGUGGGGAGGAAAAUCAGUAAAAUCAGGAAUGCUGCCUUUUUAAAGAGUUCCCCCGAAACCAUCCUCACCAGAGCGCACAGGUUUCUCAGUUCACCUGCUCUGUCUGCACCCACACGACUGGACCCCGAAACAGUACCCAGCGGGAGCCCCGUGAGGCACAUACCAAAGCAGAAGGCUGCCCCAUGCCAUCUCUUAAGGAGCCUGAAUGCCAGGAAGCCUACCAAAGACUCAGCCUUACUCAGCAAGCUGUCUGUCCUCGCCUCCAGACUGGCCCCGGCCCCCAAGACCCCCAGGCUGAGGUACCGGCGGGGUUCCUCCGAGCUUCUCCCGGUGGCUAAGAGCUACAAGCGGCUCCGGUGCAAAAGGCUGCUGGAUGGAUUCUCAGACAGCAUGAUGCAGCUGAACCCCUAUCUGACAGCCAGCGGCUGGGACCGGAGGCCUCACAGUAAGCCCUUGACACUGGAUCCCCUCGAAGCCAUCAAAAUGAGCUUCGUAGAUUUGAGCGACAAGAUGCCGCUGCUGCUGUUCGGUUCUGGAAUCUUCCCGAUAUCCUUUCACGUGAAGUCAGGCUCCGAGCCCGUGCCCGAGUCCCCACGGGCUUUUCCCGAGCACUGUGCUCCCGCGAGGCUUGCCUUGGGGGAGGCCGCCCCCUGCCCUUCGCCACCCCCCAAGUGGACCUUUUCCUUCUUCCUGUCCCACGCUUGCCCUGGGAUGGCCGCAUUCAGGGAAGACACCGGCCUCCGUGCUCAGGCACACGCCCGGGCUCCUGCACAGCCCCCAGCUCCCCUCCGGGACUGCGGAGGCGCCGCGGUGGUCCAGGCCAGACCAGGCUGCUCCGCCCUUGGCCUUCACACACUCCUAGCACUUUGUUCCCCGGGAUGCUACCGGAUCUGGACAAAAAAACGGAGCUUCUCCAGUCACAUGCCUGCCAUGCAGAGGCUCUUUGUGACUCAGUUUACACAGGGCCUGAGAGGGUUACGGUCUCCGGCCUCCAUCGCGGACAAGAUCUUCUGUUCUCUGCCCUACUCGGUGGGCCGAGUGCUGUCCGUUUGGAGCCAGCACGGGCCCUCUGCCUGCCCCUUCGAAGCCUCUGCUCUGCACGCCACUCACGGCAAGCGGCAGCCAGCUCUGGACAUCGCGAGCAGCCACACCAUGUUACCAUAUGUGCCUCUUCCAGGCAUGGAAGCUACUUACAAUGCCAGUGGCAGUCCGAUAAGGCUAGAGCCUCCAUUCCCUGCGCUGGUACCAAAGUCUCGCUUGGUAACAGACUCGGCUGUCGGCAAGCUCUUGCUGUCAGCCUCGGAGUUCGCGGUUCCCGGAUUAGAUGAGCUGGAUGGUGUGACGGCAGCGCGCCCCCGUCCGCAGAGCAGCCCUCCGGAUCAGAAAGACGCUGAGCCCGAGAAGAGGCCAAAGAAAGUCUCCCAAAUUCGAAUCCGGAAAACCAUUCCCAAGCCAGACCCUAAUCUUACGCCCAUGGGCCUCCCUCGUCCCAAAAGGUUAAAGAAAAAGGAGUUCAGUUUGGAAGAAAUAUAUACCAACAAGAAUUAUAAGUCUCCUCCUGCGAACAGGUGUCUAGAGACCAUCUUUGAGGAGCCUCAGGAACGAAACGGUACGCUCAUCUCUGUCAGCCAACAGAAGAGGAAGCGCGUUCUGGAAUUUCAGGAUUUCACCGUCCCACGGAAGAGGAGAGCUCGAGGGAAGGUCAAGGUGACGGGCAGCUUCACCAGAGCCCAGAAGGCAGCACUGCAGAGUCGAGAGCUGGAUGCCCUUUUGAUACAGAAACUGAUGGAACUGGAGACCUUCUUCGCCAAGGAGGAGGGAGAGGAGCCAUCGCCGGGGUGCUGA